AUGAGAACAUUACUGCCUCCUCUUCUUUCUUUCUUUUUAUACAUUAUAGUUAUUCUUUCUUAUUUUCUUUCUUUCUUUCUCUUCUUUCUUUCUUUCUUAUUUUCUUUCAUUCUUUCUUUCUUUCUUGUUUUCUUUCUUUCUUUCUUAUCCAUUAUAUCUUUCUUUCUUUCUUUUUUCUUUCGUUCUUUCUUUCUUUCUUUAUUUCUUAUAGUCUUUCUUUCUUUCGUUCUUUCUUUCUUAUACAUUAUUGUCUUUCUUUUUUCUUUCUUUUUAUACAUUAUAGUCUUUCUUUCUUUCUUUUUUCUUUCGUUCUUUCUUUCUUUCUUUAUUUCUUAUAGUCUUUCUUUCUUUGGUUCUUUCUUUCUUAUACAUUAUUGUCUUUCUUUUUUUUUUCUUUUUAUACAUUAUAGUCUUUCUUUCUUUUUUCUUUCUUUCUUUCGUUCUUUCUUUCUUUCUUUCUUUAUUUCUUAUAGUCUUUCUUUCUUUCGUUCUUUCUUUCUUAUACAUUAUUGUCUUUCUUUUUUCUUUCUUUUUAUACAUUAUAGUCUUUCUUUCUUUUUUCUUUCUUUCUUUCGUUCUUUCUUUCUUUAUUUAUUUCUUAUAGUCUUUCUUUCUUUCGUUCUUUCUUUCUCAUACAUUAUUGUCUUUCUUUUUUCUUUCUUUUUAUACAUUAUAGUCUUUCUUUCUUUCUUUUUUCUUUCGUUCUUUCUUUCUUUCUUUAUUUCUUAUAUCUUUCUUUCUUUUUUUUCUUUUUUCUUUUCUUUCUUUUUCUUUUAUUUUUAUAGUCUUUUUCUUUUUUCUUUCUUUCUUUUUUAUACAUUAUUGUCUUUCUUUCUUUUCUUUUUUUCUUUUUUCUUUUACAUUUUUUCUUUUCUUUUGUCUUUUUACACAUUAUUGUCUUUCUUCCUUUCCUUCUUAUACAUUAUUGUCUUUCUUUCUUUCUUUCUUUCUUUUUUCUCAUACAUUACUACCUUCUUUUCUUUCUUAUACAUUAUUGUCUUUCUUUCAUUCAUUCUUUCUUUCUUCCUUUUUCAAUAUAUCAUCGUCUUUCUCUCUUAUUUUUCUUUCUUUCGUGUCAUGGAAUCCGAUACGCAGCCAAUAUUUAGUGGUUGUUCUGGCGAUAUGGUAUUCGUAAUGGACGCAUCGAGCAGUAUCUGGGUGGUCGACUUCACCCGACAACUCGAGUUUGUGGCAAGCCUUGUUGAUACUUUCAACAUUGGGCCUGGUCCCAGACAAGUCAGCAUUGGCGCCAUAACGUUCAGUGAUCACGCUCACCUUGACUUCGCGUUAGAUCGUUUCUACAGUCGUUCAGAACUAAAAGAAACCAUUUUAAAGAUUCCCUACCGAAUGGGAGGAACUAACACUGCAGAGGCGUUGAAAUUACUGAAAACCGUUGUGACGCCGUAUGUCCGUCUGAAAAGGCGACCCCUGAUCGCCGUGGUCAUUACAGACGGCUUGUCGUGGGAUUCAGCACAAACAAAGAGAGAAGCUGAGGCGCUACACCGUCUUGGUAUCAACACGCAUGCCAUUGGAGUCGGGGAUCAUUAUGACAUGGAAGAACUAAAAGCGAUUGCCAGCGAUCCUGUCCAUGGGGUCCAUAAAGUGACCAGCUAUUCGGCGCUUAACAACAUCGCCGAUAAAUUCAGGGGUCGCCUAUGUGAAGGUAAGACUAAAUUUAAAUGA